GUAAACGGCCUGCAGCCUGGAUGUGGGUGCCUCGUGGUCAGGUGCACAAGGGCCCAAGGUUCACACACAGCUGCUGGGGUGCCCAGACCAUUCCCAGAUGUUGUCUGGCGGUGAGAGCAGCAGCUGCCCAUAAAGUCACAUGUGUUUUGUUCCCUGUUUUCUUGAGGUGGCAGACAUGCUCCAUUGAUCCAGAAGGGAGGUACUGAACUGCUUUAAGUUGAAGGUGGAAGGGCCAGGAGCAGUGGCCAGCUGUGUCCCCAGCAGAGCCAGGAGCAGCUUCUCGAUGGCACUGGGCAACUGUCCUGGAGACAGGCAGCUCCCCACUCCAGGGAGGGGGGCAAUGCUGAUGCUGGCCUGGCACCUCUGUGGUCCCGCUGAACCAUCGCUCUCUGCCUGGAAGCAAGCAAGGAGGGUGUGGAAAAGAGCCACCACUCCUGCCCACCACCACCAGCGCCCAACCCUGAACUUGCCUGGGGUGUGGCCCGGGAGGGGCCCAGGGCUUGGCCAAGGCCUUGGGUGAGCCCAGCAGUCCUCUGGAGCCUGUGUACACACAGGCUGGGCCCCCAGCAGCAGGAGUGGCUCGGACUCUGUCCCUGCAGUCGUGGAAGUUAGUAGAAGGCGCCAGGGAGGAGUCGCUUCCAGCAGCACAUCAAGUCGGUGGAGGUCUUCUGCCUGGCUCCCAUCUGCUUUAUUUUUCAUUUCAUGGGCUUGGCCCAGGAAGUAAAGCCUCAUUCGCCUACUAAGCCCCUGUCCAGUCUGUGCUGGGCACUGACUGGGAGCUGGGGGUGCUGAGGUGGAGGCAGAAAUUAACAGUCCCGCUGUGUAACAUGGGGAGGGCUUAUAGGAGGUGACAUUUGGGUCUGUGCUCCCUCUGUUGCCCUGCUCCCUUCCCCACUUGACUCCCCUGUUUGUUCCCCUUUAGAGUCUGUAAGGCACCAGCCCACCCCAAACCCCUCAUUCUUGCUCAUCUUUAUGUCUUGCCAGCUGGGACAGGGACAGGGGAUAAUUUUUCUUCUAAAAAGAUGUUGUCUUGCUGAAUAAGAGUAAAUAAAGCUUGCUGGGGUCAGGUUUUGACAGAGCCACGAAAGCCCGUUUCUUCUGGAUAAGCCUGACUGCAGCCUGGACACUCUGCUGAGACCAUGUCCUUCCUGCUUGCUGACCACUCUCCUCUCUCCUUGGGGUGCAGGUUCUGCCGGGUGCUCAGUCUGAUGCCCAUCCAGCCCUCUGACCACCUGGAAUGGAAUGAGCCUAUGCACUCCCUCCGGAUAAGUGUGGGGGGACUUCCUGUGCUGGCGUCCAUGACCAAGGCUGCAGACCCCCGCUUCCGUCCCCGCUGGAGGGUGAUCCUGACAUCCUUCGUGGGCGCAGCCCUCUUCUGGCUGCUGUACUCCCACCGCCCAGCACCGGGCAGGACUCUUGCUCACAAUGCACACAACUGGAGACUUGGCCAGAUGCCUGCUGCCCACUACAAUGACACCUACCCCCUCUCGGCCCCCCAGAGGACACCAGGUGGACUUCGGUACCGAAUUGCAGUCAUUGCUGACCUGGACACAGAGUCUAAGGCCCAGGAGGAAAACACCUGGUUCAGUUACCUGAAGAAGGGCUAUCUGACCCUGUCAGACAGUGGGGAUAAAGUGACCAUUGAGUGGGACAAAGACCAUGGGAUCCUAGAGUCCCACCUGGCAGAGAAGGGAAGGGGCAUGGAGCUCUCUGAUCUGGUCGUCUUUAAUGGGAAACUCUACUCUGUGGAUGACCGCACGGGGGUCAUCUACCAGAUCGAAGGCACGAAGGCUGUGCCCUGGGUGAUUCUGUCUGAUGGCGAUGGGACCGUGGAAAAAGGCUUCAAAGCUGAGUGGCUGGCUGUGAAGGACGAGCACCUGUACGUGGGCGGCCUGGGCAAGGAGUGGACCACCACCACUGGGGAGGUGAUGAAUGAGAACCCCGAGUGGGUGAAGGUGGUGGGCCACAGGGGCAGUGUGGACCACGAGAACUGGGUGUCCAGCUACAAUGCCCUGAGGGCCGCCGCUGGGAUCCGACCCCCAGGCUACCUCAUUCAUGAAUCUGCCUGCUGGAGCGACACCCUGCAGCGCUGGUUCUUCCUGCCUCGCAGGGCCAGCCACGAGCGCUACAGUGAGAAGGAAGAUGAGCACAAGGGCACCAACCUCCUCCUGAGCGCGGCCCAGGACUUCGGGGACAUCUCCGUCCGCCGUGUUGGGGAGCUGGUCCCCACACACGGCUUCUCAUCCUUCAAGUUCAUCCCCAACACUGACGACCAGAUAAUCGUGGCCCUCAAGUCUGAAGAGGACACUGGCAUCAUCGCCAGCUACAUCAUGGCCUUCACGCUUGAUGGGCGCGUCCUCCUCCCAGAGACCAAGAUAGGAAGUGUGAAGUAUGAAGGAAUAGAGUUCAUAUAGAUUAAAAUGCUCCCAACGCCAGCAAGGCUGAGCAGGGCCUCUGGUUCUGUAAAGCCCAGGGGACUCACUUCUGUUGUCUUCUCUUUGUAACCAUGAGGUGUGUAUCUGGCUUCGUCCCCAGAGCAGGGAGUUCAGUCCCUGGCGGGGAGCAGCCCGAGGUUGUGAGCGGCAGGGAGGCCGCCCGGCCCUGGCCAGCUCCCAGCUCUGCACUGCCGGGCGGCUGCAGAGACGGACCGCUGCAGGCAUCUUGAUCUGGGCCGCCGGCCGCCCGCCCGCCAGGUUCUGCCCCCCUCUGGCCCACAUGGCCUCCCGGGCUUGCCUUUCCCUGUGCUCUCUGUGUAGUCGGUGCUUCAGGAGCACCUAGGGCACUGAAGCAGGUGCCCUGUCUUGGAAACCACAGGGAGUGGAGGCAGGCCUGCUGUGAGGAGCUCCCAGCUACCCCCAUCCUCCUCUCAAACCCGGGCAUCCAUUCCAUGUGCCCCCAGAUCCUUGGAAAGUAAAUGUUUACACUGCAGGAUGCAUGGAGCAUGGUGGCCUCUGGGGACACCUGCCCACUGCUGACUGGCACCCUGCAAGGUUGCUCCCAGCCACCCCACAGCCAAGGACCCUGCUUCCUCCCUUUGGGAAUGUUCUAUGGCUGUGUAGCACUGUGAGGUUUUAAUUAUUAACUUAUUUUUACUAAAGUAGUUUCCUCUCUUAUCAAACAGAAUCACCAAAUCUCACCCCACAGAGCAAAGUCACAGUGAAUAAAUUUGCCACCAGCGGCAGGAAGUUGUCACUAAGCAGCCACAGGUGGCAAAGCCAGUUUACAGUGGUGUCUGAGUGCUUGGCUCGCGGCCAUUCCCUGGCAGCUUUCAGAAGGCGCCUUGCCCUUCAGGACUCUCACGGAUGACUUGAAUGUCUCAUUCCCUGACCCAGGAGGCACCCUAGUUCUGGCCGGCCGGCAGCUGACCCUUGACCAGGGCAGCUUUGUUCUGGAGGUUGUCCUGCCACCUCCUGGGUUUCUCUCCAUGGCCUUCCUCCUCCCUGUGGGAGUUUUGCAGCCUCCUCUCUGUGGAAGCUUCGCACAGACUUGGCUCCUUGUUGGUCCCUGUUGUCUCUUCCCAGUGCUGGGGAGGUGGGGGUGGUUGGGGACAGAGGUAAGGCAGGACUAAGCCAAGAAGGGAUGAGUCCAUUCAUCAUGGCAUCCCUGCCUGGCUGCCCCACCCUGCGACAGAAGCUCGGCGGUGGUGGGAGGGACCCUUGGCUGCAUCUGGCCCUGUGCUGACCCUUGCAGACCUCUUCUACUUGGAAACUGGGACAGUCCCCUGCCGGGCUCUGGUGAGACGUCCUGCACAGCUUGGUCCUCCUGCUGUAGGAGAAGCAGCAGAGCAAAGACGCUCGACUGAACGUGAUGUUUCUCCAAGCCGGGCUUCCUCGGGCACAGCCACGAUCCCGCUCUCCUGCCUUUGCCUGGCGGGCUUCUGAGCUGCCACCCCCUGACCGUCGAUGCCAUCAGAGCUGUUCUUUAAAACAGAAUCAAGACGUCCAGAGGCCGGGCAGUCGCUGGCUUGAGGCGCUCUUGAUGUGUUCUGGGGCCCCUGGGCCACAGGCCUGGUGUGCGAGUGACUUCCAGAGACCUUGAAGCCAGCCUUCCCUGUCCCCGUGUUCGCUGCUGUCGGCAUGAUGAUUGUUUCCUUCCCUUUGUCCGUUUGUUUCAUAAACAAUAAAGCGCAGGGGAACGUGA